GCCCAGUAUGUCAGUGGAAGGAUCCAUUUGUUUGGCUGAUAGAUCUGAAAAGAAAAAUGAUUAUACUCUGAGCAAAAUCUCAGGAAGAGUAAAUCUUAGAAAAGGGCCAUUAGUCCAUUGUGUCUGUGCUGGGAAAGGAAGCUCUCUGGCUUUCUCUGACCUGUCAACAUUGGGAUCAUCACGGUGGAGGUCUUGGCUCUUCAAUGCACAUGCAAGUACUUUGUAAAGGUGACGAGCACUUCUCCUUCUAUUGCUCUUUCAGCAAGCGAGUUCCAGACCCCAUCCACUGUCUGGUAAAAUUUCAUUCCAUCAUCUCACUAUCAAUGCUUCGACUAGAUUUAUAAAAGAUAGAUAAACAGUUCAGGUAUAUAAAAUGAUGAGAGAUAUAGACUGCUGGAAAGAUUUCAAAUAUCAAAUGUAGAUAGAGCGAGAGGAUAUUGACUUUGUGUAAGGUGCAAGAGAUUUAGAGGAGACAUGAGGUGGACAUUUUACACCCAGAGAACAGAUACUGGGAAUACACUGCUUAAGAACAUAUAAAAGUCAUUGACAGCAUUGAAGAAGUGAAGAGGACAAGUGCUGGUUGGCAUGGAAGCAGAGGCCUGACUAACCUAUUUCCAUGCUUAAGUCCCUCACUUACACUGUCCAACUCCCUCAUAUUCUUCCGAUCAACUCUCCUCUCACCCACCUCUAUUCUAGCCAAUUCAAUCUUUUCUCACGACUAAAAUGUUCAUAAAUCAGGGCUACUCUCUUUACAGUGCAGCCACAUGUUUCCUGUGUUGUGCUGGUCAGAGUUGUAUCCCCGACACACCAAAGAUUUUCCACAAGACUUGAGUCAGCAGUGUGAUGACAAACACUAUUUGCCUGGAGAAGUGCAGUUUCAGUUCCCACCAUCCCCAAGAGCACGGUAGUUAUAGUGUGCACUAUCUACAAAGUGUACUGCACUUACUCACCAGGAUCUUUGACAACACUUCCCAAAUCGACAGCCUCUGCCAUCGAGAAGGACAAGGGUUUGUGGCACAUGGGAACACUACCACAUGGACGUUCCCUUUUAAAUUGCACCCCAUACUGCCUUGGAAACAAAUAACCAGUCCUUUUCAUCACCAGCUCUGAAUCCUAGAAUUUCCUACCUGAGUAUUGUGAGAGUAUGCUCACCAGAGGGGUGACAGGGGUCCAAGGUAGCAGACCGCGGGUCGGGCCGGGAGUCGGGAGCCGGGGGCCGCCAUGUCGCUGAGGAACAACAAUAAGCUUAUUUACUAGAGUAAAUAAGGAUUGUAACAAAUGUUGGUCAUGUUAGCAGUCCGCAAAUCCUGAAAAAUGAACUUAUCAAAAAUAUCUCGAGCUGGUUGAGUGUGAUUUUAUUAAAAGAAUGUGCAGGCUCGAAGGGUCAAGUGAGCUACUCACACUCGCAACUCAUGUUCAAAGUUUUAUUUAAUUACUUGUCAUCAGAUAGAUUGCAACUUUUACCUCAAAAUUACAAAAACAUUAAGGCCAAAACUAAUUCCAGCAAGUAAAAAUUUGAAUUAAAAUUCCAGUUGGGAGCUGUUGAUGAUGAAAAAAGCUAAUUUAGAAAAUGUUGUUUUAACAUUGUAAAAGUACAAAGAAAGCAAUUUAACAAUAAAAAUCUAUAAAUUACACACCCCAUCACUAUGAUAGAUUGAAGAUUCAAGCUUUAUUGUUAUUCUUUAGUUUAGGAGUGUAAAGGAGAACAAAAUGAUUGUUACUCCUUUACACUCGUGUACUGUAGAAUGACAAUAUAACACUGCAACUGGGAAAAUACUGAGGUGGUGUUUGUAUAUGGGUUCAUUGUCCAUUCAGACAUCUAAUGGUAGAUUUCAUUCCUCUCUUUUAGCACUACUUAUUUACUUUUAAUUUUCUUGUAGUUUUCAUUAUAAUGUAUUGCAAUGUAAUGCUGCCGCAAAACAACAAAUUUCACGACAUGUGCCGGUGAUAUUAAACCUGAUUCUGAUAAUUACUCAAAAUCCAAUACUCUAACAAAAAGGGUUUGUCCACGUGAUAGAAAUAUUAAAACAGUAUUUAUAUAUUUGACUGUCGCAGUGUCUAGAAAGCACGUCCUCCUUUCUCCCAUUGCAGAGUAGUUAGGAACAAGAUAAGCCACUUGCUCCGCCAACUUAUUCAGCUUGUAGUUUCGAAAUGGUUUGUUUUCGCUUCGUACUUUCUGACCGGCAGGGACACGGUCGCGUUGGCACGCUGGGAGUUUUAGCGACGGCGCACGUUGUCCGCGGGUCGGAGCGGAGCGGGAGCCGGGGGCCGGGAGUCGGGAGUCGGGAGCCGGGAGCCGGGAGUCGGGAGCCGGGGGCCGCCAUGUCGCUGAGGAACAACAAUAAGCUGCCCAGUAACCUGCCUCAGCUGCAGAACCUCAUCAAAAGGGAUCCGCGCUCCUACACCGAGGAGUUUCUGCAGCAAUAUAACCACUACCAGUCCAAUGUGCGUAUUUUCCAGCUACAGCCGGACAAACCUAAUAAAGAACUUUCUGAACUGGUGAUAUUUCUUGCACAGGUUGCACAUUGUUACCCAAAUGAACUGACCAACUUUGCCCAAGAAUUAAAAGAUCUUCUCUUCUCUCAUCACACAAUUCUGGACCCAGAUGUGCGAAUGACGUUUUGUAAAGCUUUGAUUUUAUUAAGAAAUAAGAACCUCUUAAAUCCUACAAGUUUGCUGGAAUUGUUCUUUGAACUGCUGAGGUGUCAAGACAAACUCUUACGCAAGACCCUGUACUUGCACAUUGUGACAGACAUUAAAAAUAUAAAUGCCAAACACAAAAACAACAAAGUGAACACAGUUUUACAAAACUUUAUGUACACAAUGUUGAGGGACAGCAACCCCAUAGCAGCCAAGAUGUCCCUGGAUGUAAUGAUAGAACUAUAUAAAAGAAACUUCUGGAAUGAUGCAAAGACUGUGAAUGUCAUUACCACAGCUUGCUUCUCAAAAGUGACCAAGAUUUUGGUUGGCGCUUUGAAGUUCUUUCUGGGUAAAGACAUAGAUGAGAAAAAUGACAGUGAUUCAGAUUCUGAGGAUGAAGGACUCACAAUGCGAGAUGUAACCACAAAAUUUGCAACUGGAAAGAAAUCAUCAAAAAAUAAAAAGAAGCUGGAAAAGGCUUUGAAAGUCUUAAAAAAACAUAAAAAGAAGAAAAAGGCAGAAGUAUUUAACUUUUCAGCGAUUCACCUCAUUCAUGAUCCGCAAGGCUUUGCAGAGAAACUUUUCAAACAGUUGGAAAAUUCUAAGGAAAGGUUUGAAGUUAAGAUGAUGAUGAUGGAUCUAAUAUCAAGGUUAAUUGGAAUUCAUGAGCUAUUCCUUUUUAACUUCUACCCGUUCAUACAACGUUUCCUCCAGCCACAUCAAAGAGAUGUGACCAAGAUUCUUCUUUAUGCUGCUCAGGCUGCUCAUCAAUUGGUUCCUCCAGAGAUUAUUCAAACAUUAGUGAUGACGAUAGCAAACAACUUUGUCACUGACAGAAAUUCUGGUGAAGUUAUGACGGUUGGGAUUAAUACCAUCAAAGAAGUGAGUGCACGCUGUCCACUUGCCAUAACUGAAGAUCUUCUCCAGGACCUUGCUCAAUACAAAACCCACAAAGAUAAAAAUGUGAUGAUGUCUGCCAGAUGCUUGAUUCAGCUUUUUAGAACCAUGAACCCUCAGCUGCUGCACAAGAAAGACAGAGGUAAACCAACGGAAGCCUCAAAAGAAGUCAGAUGCCAUGAAUAUGGGGAACUGGAUUCUAAAGACUACAUCCCAGGAGCAGAAGUGCUGGAAGAGGAAGGAGAAGAGGAUAAUGAUGGAUGGGAGAGUACAAGUAUGGAUGAGGAUGAAGAUGGUGAAGGUUGGAUUGAUGUUCAUCAUUCUUCAGAUGAAGAACAGCAGAAAGAGUUGGUGGAGAAGGUGAAGACCAUGCCCACAGAAGCACGCAAAGCAAAAGCAGCACUUGUCAGUGCUAGUCGCCUCCUCACACAGGAAGACUUCAAGAAAAUCCGACUGGCCCAGAUAGCUAAAGAGGUUGACCCUGCCCCUGGCAAAAGUCAGAAGAGGAAAAUUGAGGACAGCAGUGAUGAUGAAAGCAAAGGAGAGCUGCUUUCACUGCGAGAUAUAGAACGGCUGCAUAAAAAGCCCAAAUCAGAUAAAGAAACUCGACUAGCAACAGCUAUGGCUGGAAAAUCUGAAAGAAAUCAGUUUGUGAGAAAGAGAACCAAAUUGAAUCCAUUUGCGAGCACAACUAACCAAGACAAGAAAAAGAAAAAGAAUUUUAUGAUGAUGAGAUACAGCCGCAAUGUGAGAUCAAAAGGCAAACGUUCCUUCAGGGAAAAACAGAUUGCUUUGCGGGAUGCUCUCUUGAAGAGAAAGAAACAGAUGAAAUAAGGAAUUAAUAACGACAAAAUACAAUAGAAACCAAAUAUUGUAAACAUGAAGAUAUGUGACUCCUGCAUUACAGAGGGUUUGCAUUCCCAGGAAGUGGCCCGAAAUUUGAAACUAUAUUAUGUACGUGUGCAAAUAGAAACAGUUGGGAAAAAUUGUUUAUUUGUAUAUUUUUCACAAAUUUUGUAAGAGUUCUGUAAGUGAAUUUUUGUUAUUCAAGUGGCUGUUAUGUGGGGAUUGUUUGUAUUAUUGUUAAUAGUUUACAGUAAUUGAUCUACAAAUAAAAAAGGCCAAAUCACUA